AGCAUACAGCUCUAUCAGGAUCCUUAUGUCUUCCUCGAUGAAUAUCACACCUGAACAUUAUGAUGCUCUUGUAGAAGUAAUCUCUAUCGAAGCGGAAAACUAUGUUUCAUAUAUUAAUCAAUAUCGAAUUUGCGGUCAUAAGCUUUAG